AUGAACAAUCAAGAAAUCGUAGACACAGCACCAGUAGCUGUCGACCCAAAUGACCCAAAUCACUGGGAUAUUGUCAAAGCCACACAAUAUGGGAUCCUUACCAGAUGCAAGGAUAUCGUGGAGGAAGAAGGAAUAGACGUACGUAAGCCAGACAAGGAUAAUAUCACUUUACUUCACUGGGCUGCGAUUAACAACAGACACGAUGUCGUUGAUUACUACAUUUCAAAAGGAGCCAUUGUCGAUGCAAUCGGAGGCGACUUGAACGCCACUCCUCUUCAAUGGGCUGUCCGACAAGGCCAUCAAAGCAUGAUCGCUUGUCUGAUGCGCCACGGGGCUGACCCGUCAAUUCGCGAUGGAGAAGGAUCGGCCGCUAUUCACGUCGCUGCUCAGUACUCAUUCUGGCCGAUCGUCGCUUAUCUUGUCGCGAAGGGGGUCGAUGUGGAUACGUACGAUACAAAUGGGUUAACUCCUCUUAUGUGGGCUGUUCUGCGCAGCAGGGGACCUGAUACAGUCCGAGUGCUGCUUGGACUCGGCGCCGAUCCAAAUUUGGUUGAUAGGAAAUUCAGAAACUUGCCAAUUCAUUUUGCCAUCGAGACACCAAGCCCUGAUUCAUUCGAAUUACUGCUCGAAAUCACGAAAGACCUACAACAACACAAUGGCAAGGGCAAUUCGCCGAUUUCACUCGCCUCGGGCAAAAAAGAAUGGAUGGCCGAGCAGAUUGAAACUGAGCUGGAAAAUCGUGGAAUAACAAGAACAAGAGGUGUAAGGAGGAUUUUCAGCUCGAAGGCCAGAAGAACCGGCCUUUUGUACGCUGUCUCGCUCUUCUUUCUAGUUGCUGCUGGCUUCGUUUUCCACACAAACAACAUCUACCUUGGUCCAUGGGCAUCAAAGUUCGCUGCCAUUAUCUGUCUGUAUAUAUUCGUCUUUCUUGUAAUCAAAAUCGCCGUUCCUUCUAGCGAAGUGAGUCUAAAAAUGCCAAUCUGUUGGUCCGAAGCAACAAAAACGUACAUCACCGGGGUCGGACUCCUGAUUCUCUGGCCCGUCAUUAAUGUUGGAUGGCUCGGCACGCUUAUUUGUACACCUCUGCUGCACUAUGUUUUCUACAAAACUGUCACCGCCGAUCCAGGCUACAUUCCAACCGACAGAAACGUCCAAUACAGCUCAAUUAUUGAACUGGCCGAAGCCGAAAAACUCGACUCUUCCACCCUCUGCACUUCAUCUCUUAUCAAACGUCCUCUUCGCUCAAAGUACUGCGGCACCUCGAAAAAACUCAUCGCAAGAUUCGAUCACUACUGUCCGUGGGUCAACAAUGCUGUCGGCUUUGGCAAUCACAAAUAUUUUAUAAUGUACCUAUCCUUGCUGAUCGUGAACUUAUCUUGGCACUUCUAUGCAAUUACACUGUACUGGGGUUCAGAACAGGGCUGUAACGUCGACUUUUCGCAGCGCGGUUCUAUCCUCCGCGCCUUCGCCUGCUCUGGCUACGUCACUUGGCAAUUCUUCCACACCUGCCUUCAUCUCAUCUGGGUUUCCCUCCUUCUCGUGACGCAGCUCAACUUCGUCCUCGUCCAAGGCGUCACGACCAACGAGCGCAUCCGUGCCCAUCGUUACAGCUAUUUAACAGUCAGAAACGGCGGCAUCGUCCACAACUCAUUCAACCGCGGCGUGUUCCAAAAUUUUCUCGAUUUCUUCGAGUUGGAUUUUUGCGGCAAGAAAGCGCUGGUGGUCGACUGGAGGAAGAAACUGGUCCUGGAACCGGAGUUCAAACCUUUUGCCCAAGAAAUCGGAGAAGAAAAUGUUUAG